CAGAGAGAAGAAAAGCAAGUUGAGCGCCUAAGAUGUGAGAGAUCCACUCCUUUCUAAAGGACCAUUGUUUGCAAGAUGGAUCGAAGUAAACGAAAUUCGAUAGCAGGAUUCCCUCCACGCUUGGAGCGUGUUGAAGAUUUUGAUGGGGGUGGUGGAGGUGAUGGGACUGUUUCCCAGAUGGGCAGAGUUUGGACCUCUUCAUACAGGGCCUUGAUAAGUGCCUUUUCAAGACUUACUCGACUUGAUGACUUUUCCUGUGAGAAAAUCGGAUCCGGGUUCUUCUCUGAAGUGUUCAAGGUUCGGCACAAAGUGUCUGAUCAGGUAAUGGCUUUAAAGAUGAACACACUAAGCAGCAACAGAGCAAACAUGCUGAAAGAAGUCCAGCUCAUGAACAGGCUUUCACACCCCAACAUAUUAAAGUUUAUGGGCGUCUGUGUACAUCAAGGACAACUGCAUGCACUUACUGAGUACAUCAACUGUGGUAACCUGGAACAGCUGUUAGACGGUAACCAGCACCUGCCGUGGACAGUGAGAAUGAAACUGGCUCUGGACAUUGCUCUGGGACUGAGUUACCUUCACUAUAAAGGCAUUUUUCAUCGGGAUCUGACAUCCAAGAAUUGUUUAAUCAAGCAUGAUGAGAAUGGAUAUUCUGGUGUAGUUGGUGACUUUGGUUUAGCGGAGAAAAUCCCCGACUACAGUGAGAAGCUGCCUGUGGUGGGCUCUCCUUACUGGAUGGCGCCUGAAGUGCUGAGAGAUGAGCCUUACAACGAAAAGGCGGAUGUGUUCUCGUAUGGGAUCAUUCUUUGUGAGAUUAUAGCCAGGAUCCAAGCAGAUCCAGACUAUCUCCCUCGCACAGAGAAUUUUGGCUUGGAUUAUGAUGCCUUCCAGCACAUGGUGGGAGACUGUCCUCCAGACUUUCUCCAGUUGGCCUUCGACUGUUGUAAUAUGGACCCAACACUACGGCCUUCAUUUGUGGACAUUGUAAAAACACUGGAGGAUAUGCUAAGCCGUUUAAAAAAUGAAGAGGCUGAAAGAGAGAAGAAGCUCUUAAAUCUUGACAGUACAGAGAGAAAACCCAUCUCUGUUUCCAAAGGAUUUUCAGAGAGAGGACAAGGAGUUAAAAGGCUAAGUUCACUGGAUGACAAGAUUCCUCCCAAGUCACCACGUCCACGGCGUAACAUUUGGCUAUCACGCAGUCAGUCAGACAUCUUCUCCCGUAAGCCUUGUCAAAAGAUAAACGUCCAGGAUCCCUACUACACGCCAACCAAAGGGGGAAGCCGGAAAGUCAACCCUUUCAAUGCUAGGGAAGACCUGAAAGGGGGGAAAGUCAAAUUUUUUGACAUGCCAAGCAAAUCUGUGAUAUCACUCGUAUUUGACUUGCACUCUCAAGAGGAAGGGGGAUACCUGAAGAUGAGCCAGCCACAGCUCAGGCAAACCUUCAGCGCUGAUGGGCAGGAACCCACCUUCCUCCCUUGGAGACGUUGUAGAUCACUUCCUGUCUCUCCUGAACUUGUGCACAAAGAAUAUAGCACAUUUGGGGAUCUGUCUUCAACAGUUGGCAGGUGUGAUCCAAACCAGCUGGGGGCUGAGGUGCGACAAAAGUUACUGAGCAGCAGUAAAUAUGGAGUGUCUGAGAUCCCCCCUUUUCAGGCCAAAUAUCAUAGGCUGGAGUCUCCUCCUUCUGUGCAAGAAGAAGAGAUGGACUGUUCUGAUGGACUAGAGCCCCAGGAUGAAAAUGGGUUCUUUCCCAUGAAAAAUGCAGUUGAGGAGCCAGAAUUCAGAAAGACCACAGGGCAAAUUCUACAAGACUCCCAGAAUGUGGAGGACAUCUUGGUACAGAAUGUAGCCCAUUCAGAAGAUAAACCCUCAGAGGCUUUCAUGAGCUCUGAAGAUAUGGAGGUAGAAGAUGAAACACAAAGGAACAUGCCUUCCACUAGGCUGGAGUCUUCCAAACUGUUCAGUGUUAACCCUUCCUCACAGCUAGGCCGAGAAACAUCUCUGUUUGAGGUAGUAGAUAGUGACACAUCAAAUCGAGUUUCUUCGCCAUCGUCAAAUACACCAGCAGCAGUAAGUGAACAGUCAAAAUGUGACAUUUAAAAGUCCAACUAGAGUGACACACUCCUCCCAAUACCUUAGAAAGCUAAAACCAAUGUAAAAACGCUCUAGCAAGUUGUAGCAACUAGUUUGGAGGUUGCAAAAACGUUAGUUGGAGAGAGACUACAUGUGUGGAAGUACGUAUGACAGAAUGAUCCCUCAGCUUACCUCAGGAAGCAAUUAUUGUAGGCAGAAGGGGUGAACCGCAUCUCUGGGAUGUAUAGAGCAAUGUGAGGGCAAUAAUUCCUGGGAAAGAUGAUGGAAUCCUUGAUCUGCCCUGGCUUAGAAGCCAUUCUUCUG